AUGUUGCGGGAAGCGUCGACAUCGGUCAGCCAGCAGAUCCGGAACGAUAUAGAAUGCCUCAUAAAGCUCGAAGGCGUGUCGCUAUAUAUCGUGGACCGAGGAUUCUUAUCGCAGGGCCCAGAGGAGGAGGAAUCGGAACAGUCAUCCAUUGUGUUUGAGGCGUCUAGUGGUGGUAACGAAGCCGCUACGGCAUGCCAGUUGCAGGUGGUAAUCACGCUAUCAGGCUGCAUUCACAGCGUUAAACGCAACCGAGAUACCGUCAUCACGCUGGGAGUGGAGGUGCCGGUGGAGUUCCCGCAGGGCGACAUCAGGGUUGAACUUAUACAGAUAUCCAAUGCCCAGAAAACGUUCGAGCGAACAUGCAUCAACCGGCUUCAAGCGCCUUCCUUGGAGGAACGUAGUGAUUCGUCGGAGGCUCUGGGGCUGCGUGACCGGAUACUGUCAUUCUACCGGUACCUUCAGGAGACUGUCAAGCAGGCAACAGUUGGAAGUAAGCGUGAGGGCAACGACGGCUCAUUAACGCCGGGGGAGGGAAACACGUCAUCGCACUACUGCAGCGAUUCAAGCCUAAGCGAUGAGUCGCGCGAGAUUUUGUCGUCUGUCACUCCGUCUGAGAGCGUGAGCCUGCUGUCCGGACGUCGACACCUCGACGUCUAUACGGGCACGCGGAUCGAGUCAGCGAGGUUGCACAAACUGCUAGCGAUGCACUCGCGGUACUACCGAGAGUUCGAUCACCAGAAGGUGCUUGGCUCAGGCUCUUUCGGUUGCGUGACGAAGGUCUCUCGCAACGGGAUCGCGUACGCCUUGAAGCAGAUCCCAAUCUACAAGAACCACGGGAGGACGCUGCAUGAGGAAGCCGCGGUUCUGGCGAGCUUGCAGCAUCGAUAUAUCGUACGGUACUACGACGCGUGGGUCGAGGAGCCAUAUGACGUCAUCAUGUCAAAAUUCGUAGGACCGGAACCCCGGCAGGGCAGCCACAGCCUGCAGUUCAGCUACGCUGGCAAGAACGUACAUUCUCCACUCUUCGACAGUGGUUCCAUCUCCCUCAUGGGAGGUUUUAGAGUGCACUCUUCUUUGCAGCGCAAGAUCAGACUGCAAAACCAGGUCAGCCGGGAGGUCAACAGCCACCGCAACUCCAAGGUACGGCACGUCAGUAGCAGCAGGCGGAAGUCGAAGCCGGUGAAGUACCUGUUCAUACUCAUGGAGUACUGCGCGGAGGAUACCCUCCUCAAUGCGGUGUCGGACGGCCGCCUGCUGGGGAAGCCGCAGCUGGCGGUCGAGCUGUUACGGCAGAUCCUUGAGGCGCUGAGCUACAUCCACGAAAAACGGAUUAUUCACCGCGACGUGAAGCCUUCCAACAUCUUCCUGAAAUCGGAGGAUGAAACGCUAUCGAUCAAGCUCGGCGACUUCGGACUGACGGCGAAGAUGCGGACCGACCCGUCGUCCAUGUCGACAGGCGUGAAUCCCACUGGCGUGGUUGGCACGAUCCACUACAUGUCGCCGGAGCAGGAGCGCGGAUGCCCCUACGACGAAAAGGUGGACAUCUUCGCCGCGGGGGUGGUGUUUUUCGAGAUGCUCUCGCCGCCGUUCAGCACGACCAUGGAGCGCUCGGAGGUGCUCUCGUCGUUCUCGACGACCGAGAAGAAGUGGCCGUCGGAGUUCCAGUCGCGCGUAGAGACACGCGUGUUCAAAGUGCUGGAGUCGAUGCUCAGCGUGGACCCAACUAAACGGCCUUCCGCGAGCCAGCUGCUUCAGAGCGAGCUCUUCGCAUGCUUCAAGCUGGACACGUGGACGUUGUACCAGGUGGUGUCCCAGUACCCGCAUUCCAUGGAGUCCACACAGCUGCUGGCCUCGAUGUUUGGCCGCAACGAGACGGCGGAUUCCACGUUCUCGUACUUCAAUAGGCUGCCGGACGACUCGGCCAGUAGCAGCUACGUCAACGUGGAGCUGCUGCGGCGGUACUCGCAGGAGUUGGGGCGUAGGGGAGCGAUACGCUUCGAAGCGCCCCUCUUUGUGGUGGCGAGUGCGGACGAGGACGACCCACAAAGUGAAUUGGAAUACCACCUGCUUCUCAACGACGGUCGGACGUGCCAGUUGCGGACCUGCAUUCUGUCGGCACUGGCGGAGUACAUCCCGCCGGUGUUUCUGAUAGUGAUGCGCCGUUGGUACUGGGGAAAGGCGUACACCAGGGACCCCGCGGGAGGACACCAUCCGUGCGAGUCGUGGCGCUGCGCCUACAACAUCAUCGCAGACUACAGCAUCCUGCUCCAGGAAAUAGGGUCCUGCUCCGACGCCCUCGACACGUUCUUCACAGCCGAGCUCAUAUACACCGCAGUGCGGCCGCUCAUUCGGUUUGUGCCGAGCUCAGUGACGGUGGAGUGGACAUACGAGCACUUCGCGUGCCGGAUACUAGAGGAAGGCGUGGGACUGCAUGGCAGGUGGUUGGAGGGAGUGAGGCAUUUGAUUGUGGAGAACGCGAAGCGCACCAACGUGAUGAAGCAGCGGCUGGCUGAAUAUCUGCGCGCCGUUUCCGUGCCAGGGUUCACUUCCGAGUCGCUGUGCAGUUGCGUCUCACAGAUUGCCGCCCUGCUGUCCACGGGAGUGGUGUCCCCCGUGGGUGACUACAUGAACUCCAUCGCACGCACGCUGCACAGUUUCGGGCGCGAGGUCAUGCAGUUCAACGCCCUCGCCCGGCAUUUGCAGUCCAUGGAGCGCUAUCUCACCCUGAAGGACUGCGAGUUCGUGUUCGUCCCGUUGGGGUUCGCACCUUGGCACGAGAGCAAGUACACCAACUUCAGUUUCAACGUGAAGUACACGGUAGGUAAGCGGGUGUUCGACGGACUGGUGGGCGGAGGCUGCAUCAACUCGUUGUUGCCGCAGCGCAAGGGCACAAUAUUCGGACCGCCGCAGCGGAACGCGUUUGGGUUCGAGGUGAUACUGGACCCGCUAAUAUCGCACUUCCUCCAGCAGGAGGCGUCGAUACUCGGGAAGAGCGGAAUGGUGGGACUGCAGUGCGGCUACCAGCUGUUCCCGCAGGUGCUCAUAUGCAUUUCCAUCCAGGACGUUGUGCACCGGGCCGUUUCACUGGAGCACGGCAUGUACAAGGCCGGCAUCGUGGUGGAAAAGCAGCUCGGGUACCCCAGCAGCGUCCGCAAGCUGAGGAAGCACAUCUCCGGCGGGCUACUGCCGCUGUCGAGGCUCGAGGUGCUCGUCAUCGUCAAGCACUGGACAGGCAGCUCCGCCAGCGGGGCCGCAACGACGGAAACGGGCAAAUUCGAGGCCACUUACCCGCCGACGGAUGUACAGUACAAGCUUAUUUUCGUCCACACGGGCAACGAAAUGAUUCUAUGGGACGAGCGUGAGGUGUUGAACCAGGUGUGCCAGCAUGUAUACAGGCGCUACUUGUAA